CCGAAAACUAUCAUUAGCGAUUGCAAAACAUAGAUUAUCUGAUAAAUACAGUUUUACGAUUUGUAAACUAUAGUUUACAAACCGUUAACUAUAGUUAACGAAUGUUAAUUAUAGUUUACGAUUGUAAAAUAUAGUUUACGAUUGUAAAUUAUAGUUUACGAUUGUAAACUAUAGUUAACGGAUGUAUUUAAGGUGCCGAAUUCACAAAAAUGUGAUAAAUAUAGUUUUACAUUUGAAAAAUACAGUUUACAAAGAGAAUCUCAUAUUUUGUAUUGGAGAUGCAUACUUUUCUGUUAAACUAUAUUUUACGACUCUAAACUAUAGUUUACGAUCAAAACUAUAGUUAACAAUAGUUCUGUUCGUUCAUCAUAGAUACGUUAAUCUUAGUAACAACAUGUCAAAACGUUGCCUUUACAAGGAUCAUUUUCAUUGGUUGUUAUAUACUUUUUGACAUGAAAAGUUAAUUUGUAAUGAGUUUCAAGCAAAUAAAAUGUUUAAUGUUAAAAAAAAAACUUAUAGAAAAAAAAUCAUAAAUAUAAAAAAAAAAAUAAUUAGAAAAAAAAAACGCGCGGUAUUUUGGCGGUGCGGCGGAAGCUGAUGUGCGAUGAUGGCCGAUAACAACGAAAAUAUGGGUAAUGUCUUCAUCAUUUCAUUGAUAGUCAUUAAAUAUUUCCGAAAGACUGAAGUAUUGUCUAUGAUCAGAUAUUUAUAUGUUUUGUCUAAAAAUCUUUAUCCAGCUAGUAACUGGCCGAUGAAUUAUGAAAAAUUGUAACUUGAAAAGAAAACGUGACGUAGCAAUUUCGUAGCACCCUUUUUGCACAUCCUGUCAUGCAUUAUUUUAUUACAAUUACAUUGCCAGUAUAGAAUAGCCUAUUUAUAGCAUAUUAUAUGAUAGCAAUUGGCGCACUGCUCUUUUGCAAGGAAAAAAUAAAUAUUUAUUAGGCCAGCAUUUUUUAUUUUUAGGUUUACAAACCUGCCGCUCAAGUUUUUUGAAUUUUCAAAAAAAAAAAAAAAUAAAAUUGAGAAAUACAAAAUUAAUUUUUUUCUUUCCGAUGUCAAAUUUGAGUCGGGAAUGAGAUUUCAAGUUUACGAACUCGUACUUCCGGUUGUGGAUGAAACAUGGCGGGUAAUGAAUGUAGAUUUGCCAAGUCCAUGGCAGCACAAAAGCUUGUUUAAUGUUAAUAUUUAUCGAUAUGAGUGUCAUUCAAAACGUUUCACAAGUUCAGAGGACAAACAAAAUGCUGACGACUUUAUUGCACAAUGCCAUGCUGAUUCUGAUGAUGACUUCCAAGUGUCUAAUGUCGAAGAGUACAGGGAGAGAUUUCAAAAUGCUCUAACAGGAUUAAAUCUUCUCAGGCAUUUUGAUAGCUCAAAGUUGCCAAAGCGACAGAGACGCCUUCCAAAAAAACGAGGCCCUCCACCAAAGAAAUUGAAAGUAAAGAUGUAUUUUCUACCAGAGGGGUCAAAUCUACCCAAAUUGUCAAAGAUGGACCCAAAUAUCCCCAUUCAUCAACAGCACGGAUUUGGAUAUCCAGCUUCCGUAUAUAAUAACUUCAGAGGUGGUCAUGUAGAGUUUGAUUUAAAUCAAAACGAGGAGGAGUUCAAAGAUAAGAUAAGAAAGUUAUAUCCUACAACACUAGAAGGCAAGGAUUUCUACCUCUGCACCUUAGACCAUGCCAGGAACUAUAUUCCCGUUCCUUGUAUUCCAGAGGAAUUAAAAAAACUUAAGUAUCAGGGGACCAUGAUCAUCAGGGUCAGUACUGGUAAAGAACGGAUAAAUUCCCAAGAAGAUAUCGAUGGGCUGGAAGUAUCCAGGUUAACAACGGACGGAAACAUUACUACAAGGCCUUUCCAGUUAAGUGCUGGGCCCAUUCCCCAGCCUGAACAAGUUUCCAUGCAAAAUAGGUUGGCAAAUUCUACAUCUUUAAAGAAAGACGAUGAUGUCACACUUCCACAGAUACUGCUGCCAAGGAGAAGAGUGUCAAAAGCAGAAUCUACUUGUUCUGGUAAAGAACGGAUAAAUUCCCAAGAGGAUAUCGAUGGGCUGGAAGUAUCCAGGUUAACAACGGACGGAAACAUUACUACAAGGCCUUUCCAGUUAAGUGCUGGGCCCAUUCCCCAGCCUGAACAAGUUUCCAUGCCAAAUAGGUUAGCAAAUUCUACAUCUUUAAAGAAAGACGAUGAUGUCUCACUUCCACAGAUACUGCUGCCAGCGAGAAGAGUCUCAGAAGCAGAUUGUACUAUGGAAAAUAUCCAAGAAAGACGCAAUUUAAUGGCUCUUCAAGACAUAGAAUAUCAGGAGAGUUUGCGUAAAGAUAGAGAAAAAGUUCAAAAGAUCAAAGAGCAAGAACAAAGAGAUGCCGAAUUGCAGAAAUUGAGAGAGGAAAGAAGAUCAAAAAUACCAACUGAACCAGAGGAGGGUAUAGAACUAAAAAUUAAGAGUCGGCAAUGGACCGUAACAAGAAGAUUUUUGCAAACCACACCAGUGGAGGUUUUGAUGAAUUUUAUUGGCAGUAUGCCAUCUUCAUCCAAAUUUUUUAAAGUAGCUAUUCCUGGAAUGGAGAAUCCUUUAUAUUCUCAUUUAUAUCAUGGGUGUUUGAGGAAUGUUGGCCUCGUCUCAAGUUCUGUGUUACAAGUUACCUGGCUAAGUGAGGAUGAAGUUACCCUUGAGGAAGUUAAUGUGAUGGAGACUGACCAACAACCCUCUACAUCCUCUUCUAUUCCUCGUCCCCAGAGACAGGCUGCUGCACUUUGCAAUGUAAAAAUGAGAGAUUGGCUUAUUCCAAAGUCAAGCUUACAGCAAAGUAGGGUUUUGACUGUUGAGAGCUCUGAUGAUGACUCCCUUCCAGAUAUUCCAGACACUUACAGGAAUUAUGUUGAUGUAGCAUGUAUUUCAUCCGAUUCAUCCUCUGAAUCAGAAAUAGACAAAACAAAUUAUCCUGAAUUGACCACAGAGCCUGAGGAAAAUGACCCUUUGCUCACCUUGACAAUAUUGUCAUCCAAAAUUCAAACAUCUGCUGUCACGCGCAUCAAUGUCAACAGACAAAAUGUUUGGGAGUGCACCAUCAGAAAACUUAAAAAGAAAGAUUUUAUGCCAUUUAACGACCUUCUUAUUAAGUUUUCGGAUCAAUUUGGAGAGAUGGAAGAAGGGAUUGACCAAGGUGGUCCCAAGCGGGAAUUUUUAGAUCUUUUGAUGGAGUAUACCCUCAACUCCUCACUCUUUGAAGGAUCUUUGACAUCCAAAUACUUGUCAUGGAACAAGAAAGCAUUUGAAUUAAAACCAACACUUCAUUAAGGGUAGGUUAAUCUAAAAUUAUAUGUGCAUGUAUGAG